AUUGAUUGAUACAGAGAACGCAAAAAUUGUUGUAAUAAAUGAUUAGCUGAUCGAUAGAGUUGUUUGUGUACUGAUAUAGAGUUCUGUUACACUGAGAAACUAAGAUGAAUAACCUGCCAAGAGUUUAAACAAAUAAACGAAAAUAUUUCUAAAUCACACAAAAUCAAAGAAUGAAAUUACUUUUUUUGUGCUUGAGUUUACUCGUGAUAUGUUAUAUCUCAAAUACAGAUGCAAGAACUCACUUAAGUAAAAGGUACAUUGGAUUCCAUGACAAUACCACCAAGUGGGUUGAUUCAGGUUGUGAGUGUAGAAAUUAUUCCUGUGGUUGUUGUGCCCAUCUUGAGGUCCCCAGAGUUGGAUUGAAUGAUACAGGUUGUGUGAAUUUGACAUAUCUGCCCAAGGAUUAUGGAAUUUCUUUCACAGUGACCAUUGAUAAUUACACAGUGUUUAAUGCAACUGUCUCAGCCCACAAUCCUCCUCCCUUAUGUUUUGGAGCUCCAAUGUUGAAAGAGUAUGCUGACUUAUGUCUCCACUUCUAUAACAUUACUAUAUCUUUGCAUAAAGCUUUUGGAUGUGUCAAACUAGAAGCAAGACUUCACCAUCUGGUUGUGGCAGAAUAUGAGCUAGGCUGCUUUUCAGUGGGUCAUGAUAUUUAAUAUAUUCCUACCUAUAAUAAGUUUUAGUAUUUUUUGCUAAAUCUAUAGAGAACAAAUCAAACUAUUGAAUUUGCUUUCAUAUGAUAUUGAUCUAAGUAUAUAUUAUCUAAAUGAGUUCAUGCCAACUUUAUGAUAGUAACACAAAUACUUUGUGUAAGUAAGUAAUUAUUAAUAAGGACUUCUCAGUUAAAGUGUGUGUAGUAACAUGUCAACUAUAUGUGCUAUAUCUAAUGCCAAUGAAGCCUUUUAACCAAUAUUUAGGGCUCCUCAAGUCAGCUGAGAUACAACAGCCAUAGUAGUGGUUUAGACACUAUUUUUAUUAGCAACUUGCUUGACAACUGUUUGGUAUAACCUGAAUUAAGUUGAAGUGUAAUUUUUCAUCAAUUUUAUUUAUUUCACAAGAUUAUUUUUAACACUUUAUUACCAUUUUAAGGUAUACUAUAUUCUUUCUUUCAUUAUUUUAUUGGUUAAAAUGUUUAAUAUAUCUAAUUAUUUUUAACUAGUUGGAGUACCCAUCAGUCAGAUGGGUGAAAUAAAAACUAGUUUGUAAUAAAGGAUAGGAAAGUUUGCUUCUAUUUUUUCUUAACAUAAUAAACAUAUGUAAAGGUACCAAUACUGAAAAGAAAGACAUGCUGUCUUCAAGAAUUCUAACAAUAGUGGUUACAUAGUUCAUUCUAAUGCUGAGGGAUAUACAACAUUGGUAGUUUUUCUUAAAUUAGAGGGGGGGGGUGUCCAAACCCCUCCCCCAUGUCAUCCUGAUCAAGUUUGGUACUGAUUGAUCAAGAAACAUAUAAGAAACAGAUACACACACAUAUUGAUGUUUCUUUAUAUAGAAUUUGUACUAUUAUACUUUUAUUUCAAUUAUUUUAUAAUGUUAGCUUAGUAUAUGGAUUAUAAUUAAUCUAAAUUUCCUGAGCUGGCCAAACUUUGCGAGAUAUUAUUGGGCUUAUGGCCAAAAAUACCAUAAGUAGCAAGGAUACCUAACUUAUGAAACAGUACAUUCUAAUUUUUACUAGAACAGUAUAUUUAACUAGCUGUACGCAUUACCACGUUGAUUUUUAUUUUUGAUGUAAGUAGAUAGCUUGUCCUGACAGGAAGUUAAUAUUAAUUAUUAUGCAUAUCUUAUACUCAGUUGAGCAUAUUUCCUCAUUAAAACCAAUUUCUAAUAUAUAAUGGCUGGCUAGAAUAUAGCCUACAAAUACUGAUUAAGAAAAAAGCAUAAAUUUACUUUAAUUGUGGUAUUUCCUUGAAUUUUAUUGACCCAUGAUAGUGUGGCAAUAUGGUUAAUAACAAGGAGGAACAGUUGAGAAAUAUAUACUUUUUUAGAAAAAUGUAUAAAGAAAAGGUAAACCACAAAAUUAGUAGAAUUAAUAAGCUUACUUUAGCAGUCAUAAAGCAAAAUAAACACCCUUGGUAAAAACACAACCUGACUAAGUUGAGUGAUAUAAAAGCUAGGUUACUUAUUUUUGUUUUAUUAAAAUAUGCUGCUGAAAACUAUAUAACAUAUCUAAUGAAUUUACUAUUAUAACUAUUCGUUUGCCUAGUAAAUCAGACAACUCUGUUAAUGCACUUGAAAAGCUAACUUUAUUACUGUAUGUAAUUUUUGAAAUAUAUUAAAAAUAAAAACCAUAAUGUAUUUGAACAAGGCUAAUGUUAUAGUCUUACAUUAUGCUGUAGUAUUAUGUAUUGCCUGUGAUUCAAGAUACAAUAAAAACUGAUUGCGUAUUUACA